UUCCUUUUCGUGAAGCUCAAAUAUGCCUCUUGGCAGGCACUUGAAAGCAUAUUCCUUACGAGGUAACCCCAGUUGGACAGUUCUCCUGCAAGUAAAAUGCAUUUUUGGUGAAUGAAAGUUGGAAAACUUACUUCAGCUGAGCGUUGCGAUAGCCCGAGCUGCUGGUCCCCACACCGGGCCUGCCAGUCCGCCUUGUAUCCUGAACUGACUGCUCGCUUUCCAUGGGACCCUCUUUGAGGGACUGAUGCAAUUAAUGUCCCUCCCCACUAUGUGGUCAGUUCUCAGAUGGUGCAGUCAUGCAGGAAAACCUCAGAUUUGCUUCAUCGGGAGAUGAUAUUAAAAUAUGGGAUGCUUCCUCUAUGACGUUGUUGGAUAAGUUCAACCCACAUACGACAACACAUGGAGUCAGCUCAAUAUGUUGGAGCAGCAAUAAUAACUUCCUAGUGACAGCAUCUUCUAGUGGUGACAAAAUAGUUGUUUCAAGUUGCAAAAGUAAACCUUUUCCACUUUUAGAGCUUGCUGAAGGGCAAAAGCAGACAUAUGUCAAUUUAAAUUCUACAUCCAUGUAUUUGGUAAGCGGAGGCCUUAAUAACACUGUUAAUAUUUGGGAUUUAAAAUCAAAACGAGUUCAUCGAUCUCUUAAGGAUCAUAAAAGUGAAGUCACUUGUGUAACAUACAAUUGGAAUGAUUGCUAUGUUGCUUCUGGAUCUGUUAGUGGUGAAAUUAUUCUGCACAGUGUAACCACUAAUUUGUCUGGUACUCCUUUUGGCCAUGGUAGUAAUCAGUCUGUACGGCACUUGAAGUACUCCUUGUUUAAGAAAUCCCUACUGGGCAGUGUUUCGGAUAAUGGAGUGGUAACCCUCUGGGAUGUGAAUAGUCAGAGUCCGUACCAUAACUUUGACAGUACACACAGAGCUCCAGCAUCAGGCAUCUGCUUCUCUCCCGUCAAUGAAUUGCUAUUUGUAACUGUAGGCUUGGAUAAAAGAAUCAUUCUGUAUGAUACUUCAAGUAAGAAGGUAGUGAAGACUUUAGUGGCCGACGCGCCUCUAACUGCAGUAGAUUUUAUGCCUGAUGGAGCCACUUUAGCUAUUGGAUCUUCCCGUGGGAAAAUAUAUCAAUAUGAUUUAAGGAUGUUGAAAUCACCAGUUAAAACCAUCAGUGCUCACAAGACAUCUGUGCAGUGUAUAGCGUUUCAGUACUCCACUGCUCUCAGUAAGUCAGGUUUAAAUAAGAGCUGUUCAAAUAAGCCCACGGCAGUGAACAGACGAACUGUGAGUGUGAGCAGCACUAGUGGAGGAGUGCAGAAUUCUGGAAUUGGCAGAGAGGCAGCCACCACAUCCGUUGCUACCGUUCUGCCACAACCCAUGACAACAGUUGUGGGGAAAGGAGCGGUUGCUGCUCAAGACAAAGCAGGUUUGCCUCGAAGCAUAAAUACAGAUAUUUUAUCUAAGGAUACAGACAGUGGAAAAAAUCAGGAUUUCUCCAGCUUUGAUGAUACUGGGAAAAGUAGUCUAGGUGACAUGUUCUCACCUAUCAGAGAGGAUGCUGUAGUUAACAAGGAAGGUGAAGAGUCUAUAGGCAAAGGAGAUGGCCUUGACUUUCUACCACAGUUGAACUCAGUAUUUCCUCCAAGAAAAAAUCCAGUAACUUCAAGCACUCCAGUAUUGCAUUCUAGUCCUCUUAAUGUCUUUAUGGGAUCUCCAGGGAAAGAAGAAAAUGAAAAUCAUGAUCUGACAGCUGAGUCUAAGAAAAUGUAUCUGGGAAAACAGGAACCUAAAGACGCCUUCAAACAGCUUGCAAAGUUGAUCACCUCUGGUGCUGAAACUGGAAAUUUAAAUACCUCUCUAUCAUCUAAUCAAAUAAGAAAUUCUGAGAAAUUUGAAAAGCCAGAGAAAGAAAUUGAAGCCCAGUUGAUAUAUGAACCCCCAGUCAAUGGAUCCUCAACUCCAAAUCCAAAGAUAGCAUCCUCUGUCACUGCUGGAGUUGCCAGUUCACUCUCAGAAAAAAUAGCUGAUACCAUUGGAAACAGCCGGCCCAACGCACCAUUGACGUCUAUUCAGAUCCGUUUUAUUCAGAACAUGAUACAGGAAACAUUAGAUGACUUUAGAGAAGCGUGCCAUAGGGACAUUGUGAACUUGCAAGUGGAGAUGAUUAAACAGUUUCAUAUGCAACUGAAUGAAAUGCACUCGUUGCUGGAAAGAUACUCAGUGAAUGAAGGUUUAGUGGCUGAAAUUGAAAGACUACGAGAAGAAAACAAAAGACUGCGGGCCCACUUUUGAAGUUUCAGUGGAUGCCGUAAUGUUUUGUGACUUGGGAAGUUUCUGUCAGCACAAGAUGACCUAGAAUCAGUAUUGUUUUCAUGGCCUCUGGGGAAAAAAAUUUUUUUUCAAGUAAAAGGGUAAUGGGGUUUUACAAUAACCACUAUUUAAUCUUCUCUGUCAAAAAUAUUUAUAUUUUUAUAUUAACAACUACAGUAUGUCAUCU